GGUCCUUCGUAUCCAACCGGAAGUCCAUGUGGUGGUCGCGUUGCCGCCUGCCUGCUUAUCGCAUGGUUGCCGCCAGGAUGAGCGGGGCGGUCGGCGGCGAUAAACGGAAAGGGCUGGAGGAGGAGCCGGGAGUCAGGCAACCCCCGACCAAAAAGCAGCGGAGCAAGAAGGGCAAGAACGGCCGGCCGGGCGAACGCUACGUGCCCCCGCCCAGCAAGAAGAAUCUGGGUGUCAGCUUCAGUCAUCAGCACUUCAGCGAGACGGAGUAUUACUUCGAGCAUGGACUGAGGAAGGUCCUUCCUUACUACUUUGACUUCCAGACCUACUGCAAGGGCCGCUGGGUGGGGAAGACCCUGCGCGAUGUCUUCAGUACGGAGUUUCGGGUGGAGCCCAUCGAGUACUAUACAGAGGCAGCCAAAGCGGGCAGAAUCCGGCUCAACGAGCAACCCGCCAACCUCGAUACCAUCUUAAAGGACAAUGAUUUCAUGCGGAACACAGUGCACAGGCACGAGCCGCCAGUCACUGCCCAGCCAAUUGCGAUUCUGAGCCAGAACGAGGACCUGGUUGUGGUGGAUAAGCCAGCUUCAAUCCCCGUCCACCCCUGUGGCCGAUUCCGACACAACACUGUUAUCUUCAUCCUGGGCAAGGAGUACAAUCUGAACGAGCUUCACACCAUUCACCGCUUGGACCGGCUCACAUCCGGAGUCCUCAUGUUUGCCCGGACAUUGGAGGUCUCCAAGAAAAUUGAUCAACAGGUCCGAGAGAGACAGGUGCAGAAGGAGUAUGUGUGCCGAGUGGAGGGGGAGUUUCCUGAUGGCAACGUGAUAUGUGAGGAGCCCAUCCUGGUGGUGUCCUACAAGGUGGGCGUAUGCCGGGUGCACCCCGCGGGCAAGCCCUGCCGCACUGCCUUCCAGAGGCUGAGCUACAACGGGCGGUCCAGUGUAGUUUGCUGCCAGCCCUACACUGGCCGCACCCACCAGAUUCGCGUCCACCUCCAGUACCUGGGCCACCCCAUUGUCAACGACCCCGUGUACAACACCGAGGCCUGGGGCUCCCACCGUGCCAGAGGGGGGAGGCUGGACAAGACAGAUGAGGAGUUGCUGAGAGACCUGGUGGAGCUUCACCGGCAGCGGGAGAGCCUCGACCUGCUGGAUCUCCCGGAUGAACAACGGCCCGGGGCCAGGGGGGGCGUGGAGGGGAUCACUGGCGGGGGUGGAGACCCCACACAGCUGCUGGGGUCAGUGAAGGACAAUCUAUGUGGAGAGUGUCGGCUGGUCAGGAAAGACCCCUCUCCCGAGGACCUGGUCAUGUAUCUGCACGCGCUACGGUACACGGGGCCAGAUUGGGAGUAUUCCUCCACGCUGCCCGCCUGGGCUGCAGCAGACUGGGACCAGAACUGAACAAUAUUGGCCCACUGCUGGUCCGUAUGUGCGCCUGUGCGGGAGUGUUAUACCAUGAGGCAUCAGGCUGCCUUGUGUGAGCGACUGCUUACGGCGGCCUUCCCUGCACUGCAGGAGGUUGUUUUCUGGCCGUGAUGUGUCUCGGUGGCUGAUUGUGUUACCGUGGCCACGAGCCUGAGAUUGGUGGUCCGGACGAGAGGUACCAGUGCUUGGGAAUCUGGCCAGGAAGGAAUGGGCUCAGUACUGAUGCAUUUUGCAGUAGAACACUCACUUACUGGACUGUGGAACUGAUGGAUUGGACCCAGCCCGCAUCCUAGGUCCCUGUACUGCUGCUAGGAGCAGGGGAAUGAUGAGCUCAACACCUUCUCCAAUCAUUCCUACAGCUUUACUGGUCGGGUGGAUCUGACGUGGUAUCCCUGAUGCCUAUUAGCUGCUGAGACUGAUGGUUCCACAGUAUUUCGUGUAUUUGUUGUUACUCCUUGUUUUUGGCUACACGAUCUGUAAAGGUAAAAUAGAGUAAUGUCAAGAAAACCCUGGGCUGUGGUGUCAAAGUGAUUCCAGCGAUGACAAAGUAGAAGGAAAAAGGUGGUUGGUGUACGGAAUGGUCACUUACACAGGGUCGAGAAGCCAAGAGCUGCUCACACACCCAGGCCUUCUGACUGUGAGGUGAUGUUCUUGGUUUUCCAACAGGUUGCAUGUCCUGAUUUAUAUUGAAAGACAUUUGUAUGCAUGACACCCAGGGAGAUCGUAGCGUAGACACGUACAUCUAGAGAGAUCGUGGCAUAUGCGAGUACAUCAGGGUAGAACAAAAGGGAAGGAAAAAAUCAGCCUACAGCAUCAAUUUUAAUAUCACCAGCAUAUGUUGUGAAAUUUGUUUUGUGGCAGUAGUACAGUGCAAAACAUAAUUUUAAAACUGCAAAUUACAGUAUAUUAAAAAGUUAAAUUAGUGGAAAAAGAGGGUGAAAAAGAGUGAGGUAGUGGGUAGAGUUUAUGGGUUCUAUUUCCAUUCAGAAAUCUGAUGGCAGAAGAGAAAAAGCUGUUCCUGAAUCGUUGAGUGUGUGUCUUCAGGCUCCCGUACUUCCUUGCUGAUGAAAGCAGAAUAUAAUGUAAUUACACAGUAAAUAAAGUGCAGAAAGACAGACAAGGGCACAGUGAGGUUGACUGAGAGAUCAAGUGUUCAUCCUUACUGUACUCUUGAAUGGGCCUCUUAUGGAGCAGAGGGACAUCACCCACUGCUGUUAGACCUGCAUUUUACUCAUCUCUCUGACCCCGCUAUUGCCAGACUAACUUGGCAAUAGCACUGCAUUAACACUGCAGCCUCCAGAUCCAAUUCUUACUCCUGUCUGACUGAUGACAGAUCCAUUCCCACAAAUACCCCUGGUUAACAACCACAGGAUUAUUAACCACAGCUGUGUGGGUGGUGGAGGAAAGGGGGGGAUCAGAAGUAGUGGGGGUAGUUUGGUGGAAUGAGGGGGAUUCCUAAAGUGUGGUGAUAAUCUACUUUAGACACACAACUUCCCCAACUAGGCCACAGUUCAGUACUCUUGUGCUUUUGUAGGAAACCCAGGCCGGGGCUGUGGAUAGUCAGAGUGGUAGACCACUCCACGGUACCCAGCCGCUGCUACUGUUGGUGAUACUGACUUAUUUGGUUAUCUGGUCAAUGGAGAUCUCCUGGGUUCAAUGUAGGGAACUCGGCCAUGAUGUGGUUAUUGUCUGACACUUGUGUGCAUAGAGAUUUAGGAAGUUAUGGGUCAAAUGCUGGCAACUAACACCAGUUUGGGUAGGGCAUCUUGGUCAGUGGGGACCAGCUGGCCCAAAGGCUCUUUGACUCUAUGGUAUCAGCUUGGUGCUUGGGAGGCCCUUGGCUUUCUCUCUGAACACUCACUGCACCUGAUGCUAUAACAAGCUUGGUCCAAGUGGUGGUGUGCUGGAGUCCAUACUCUCUGAUCCUUCCCCUCAGUGAGUCAGCCCCAUGGCUUCGUGUGGACAAUCUGCCUGUGUUGGCUGGGAAGAGCAGUGAGGCUGUUCAUCACUGAGACCUGGCACUCGGGGCACUCAGAGAGAGCUGGCCAUUGAUGGGCAGCUCCGUGUUUGAUAAGCUACCUGGUCUCUCUCAGCAGCUGCUGACUUUCCCUCUUUGCCAGCUUAGAUAUUUCUCUUUGGUGAUGAGCUCUAAACGCAGAGCCAGCCCCUGAACUGGGAUGGGGAAGCUAGGUGUGUGUGGAAAGCACGCUGCCAGUAUUGUGGUACCUUCACAAUCACCUUUUCAGCUCCAAGUCCAGCCAUGCACCCCUUCCUUGGAAGACACCCUGAGCACAAAGUAGGUACCAGAUUAUUGUAAAUGUUUGAGAGGUUGGGGUUAACUCCCUGCUCUGUUUUAUGUCUUUUACCUCUACUGGAAAGUGCAGAAACAGGGAAAAUAGCCGCAACCCCAAUUAUGCAGCAUUCCCUCAGGCCCACGCUGGGUCUGCCAAAGUCUUCCAGCUCAGACCUCUAGAGUAGGACUCACACUCAAAAUUCACUGACAUUUAACAAGCUAAUCUCGACACAAGGAACCUCAGAUUGUGUGUUCCUGCACCAACAGGUGAAAUUCCAUGGAUCUGCAAUAGUUUCCUCAUGGAUUGAACCCGAUCUGACUUGAGAGUAGAGGGCUGAUCCCUGAGUGUCACACCUCCACUUGUGAAAUCAGUCCAAACCAGACAUUGCCUUUUGUAUGUGAAUAAUCAAAGAGGCAAAUGUUGAAAAUCUGAAAUAAAAUGGGAAUAGCUGUAGUUCAGUAGUUCAGGCAGUAUCUGUAGCAAAGGGAAUGGAGAUACAGUGUCUACAAAAAGUAUUCACCCCCCCCCCCAUGUUCUACAACAUUGACUCACAGUGCAUUUAACUUGGCUUUUUUGGCACUGAUCAACAGAAAAGGACUUUUGUGUCAAAGAGAAAAUGGGUCUCUGCAAAGUGAUCUAAGUUAAUUACAAAUAUAAAAUACAAAAUAAUUGAUUGUGUAAGUAUUCAUUCCCCUUCAAGUCAGAUGCACCUUUGGCAGCAAUUACAGCCUGGAGUCUGUGUGGAUAGGUCUCUAUCAGCUUUGCACAUCUGGACGCUGCAAUUUUCCCCCUUUUUUUUACAAAACUGUUCAAGCUGUGUCAAAUUGCAUGAGGAUUGUUGGUGAAUAGCCCUUUUCAAGUCCAGUUGCAAAUUCUCAAUUGGAUUGAGGUCUGGACUCUGACUUGACCACUCCAGGACGUUAACUUUGUUGCUUGAAAGCUAUUCCUAUCUAGCUUUAUGCUUGGAAAACAAACUUCUCCCAAGUCGCAGUUCUCUUGCAGACUGCAUCAGGAUUUCCCUGUAUUUUACUGCAUUUAUUUUACCCUCUACCUUCACAAGCUUUCCAGAGCCUGUUGCAGUGAAGCAUCCCCACAGCGUGAUGCAGCCACCACCAUUUUUUAACAGUAGGGUUAGGGUAGGGAUGGUGUGUUUUUGAUUAUGUGCAUAUGUUUGGGUUAUGCCAAACAUACUGUUUACUCUGAUGGUCAGAAAGCUCAAUUUUGGUUUCAUCAGACCAUAGAAUCUUCUUCCAGCUGACUUCAGAGUCUCCCACAUGCCUGCUGGCAAAUUCUAGCUGAGAUUUCAAGUCAGUUUUUUUCAACAGUGGUUUUCUCUCUGUCACUCCCAUAAAGCUGCGACUGGUGAAGCACGCAGGCAACAGUUGUAUGCACAGUCUCUUCCAUCUCAGCCGCUGAAACUUGCAACUCCUACACGGUUGUCAUAGAUCUCAUGGUGGCCUCCCUCACUAGUCCCCUUCUGGCAUGGUCACUCAGUUUUUGAGGACGGCUUGCUCUGGGCAGAUUUACAGCUUUGCCAUAUUCUUUCCAUUUGUUGAUGAUUGAGUUAACUGUACUAAGGGAUAGUCAGUGACUUGGAAAUGUUCUUGUAUCCAUCUCCUGACUUGUGCUUUUCAAUAACAUUUUGGUGGAGUUGCUGAGAGUGUUCUUUUGUCUUUGUGGUGUAGUUUUUGCCAGGAUACUGACUCACCAGCAGUUGGAUCUUCCAGAUACAGGUGUAUUUCUACCACAAUCAAUUGAAACACCUUGACUGGACACGGUGAUUUCCAUAUAAUUAUGUGACUUCUAAAACCAGUUGGCAAAUGAUGACUUGGUGUGUCAUACUAAUAAAAGAUCUUUUUUUUUCA